GGCGCGCUGCGGGUUCAGAGACGCGUCGGAGCGUCAUGUCUAGGCGUGCGGUAACGCUGAAGUGGAGUGCCGGUUGGAUUUUGAUGUUCGCUGUCUUCACAAAUACUUGCGCGCAAGAUGAUGUUCCACCCUACUUCAAGAUGGAGCCAAUGGCAACCCAAGUCCACCUGGAAGGGAACCGGUUGGUUCUCACCUGCAUGGCUGAGGGCAGUUGGCCCCUGGAGUUCAAAUGGCUUUACAACGGCACCGAGCUGACACGUUUCUCCUUAGAGUACAGGUAUGUGAUGCCCUCGCUGGACCGCUCCCAUGCGGGCUUCUACCGGUGUAUCGUGAGGAACAGAGUGGGGGCUUUGAUGCAGAGAAGUACACAAGUCCAGGUCGCCUACAUGGAAGGCUUUGUGGAUGGAGAACGAUCUCAGGUGGUGUCCCAGGGGGAGGCGGCAUUGAUCUUUCCCCCACAGAUCCACAGCUUUCCCCGGCCCGGGAUCACAUGGUUCAGAGACGGCCGCAAGAUCCCCCCCAGCAGUCGCAUAGCUCUCACUCUGGACAACACGCUGGUCAUUCUCUCUGCGGUUGCCCCUGACGCGGGCCGUUACUACGCUCAGGCCGUCAAUGACAAGAACGGGGAGAACAAGACCAGUCAGCCCGUCGUCCUCACCGUGGAAAAUGUGGGUGGUCCAGCUGACCCCAUCGCUCCUACGAUCAUAAUCCCGCCGAAGAACACCAGCGUGAUGGUUGGCACGUUUGAGGUCACGCUGGAAUGUGUAGCCAAUGCGAGGCCUCUCAUUAAACUUGGUAUUACAUGGCGGAAAAAUGGCGUUCUGGUAAACCGAGGCCUCAGGGACUUUAGCCGUCGUCUAACAAUCAGCGGUCCAUUGGUCAGUGACAGCGGAUACUACGAAUGUGAAGCUUCUCUCCGAAGCAGCAGUGCCCCCUCUGUCACCGCUGGGGCAUAUCUGCACGUGCUGGAACAUCCUCAGUUUGUAAAGGAACCCGACAGACACAUAACGGCUGAGAUGGAGAAGGUGGUAGACAUCCCAUGCCAAGCCCGCGGUGUUCCUCAGCCAGAUAUGGUGUGGUAUAAGGACGCUGUACCCAUAAGCCCCGUGAAGACACCUCGGUACAGGGUCCUGGUGGGCGGCAGCCUGCAGAUAAACGGACUGCUCCCCGACGAUACCGGAAUGUUCCAGUGUUUCGCGCGCAACUUAGCGGGAGAGAUCCAGACGAACACGUACCUCGCUGUCACCAGUAUCGCACCCAACAUCACGGCCGGCCCAUCUGACAGCGCUGUGAUUGAUGGCAUGUCCAUCAUUUUACACUGUGAGACCUCAGGAGCCCCACGACCUGCAAUCACAUGGCAGAAAGCUGAUCGGGUUCUGGCUAGCGGCUCCGUCCAGCUGCCACGUUUCACUUUGUUGGAGUCGGGCAGCCUCCUGAUAAGCCCAUCGCACCUGUCUGAUGCCGGAACCUACACCUGUAUGGCCAGUAACUCACGUGGGAUUGACGAGGCUUCGGCUGAUCUGGUGGUGUGGGCUCGGACCCGAAUCACCAAUCCACCUCAGGACCAGAGCGUGAUCAAGGGCACCAAAGCGGCCAUGACCUGUGGGGUGACCCAUGACCCCAGCGUCUCAGUCAAGCACGUCUGGGAGAAAGGAGGAUCAGUUAUUGACGUGAAGUCAAGCCCUCGGUUGCGUCUCGAUGGGAACGGCAGCCUGCACAUCACCCAGACCUGGUCGGGGGACAUCGGGACCUACACCUGUAAGGUCACCUCUGUGGGAGGCAACGAUUCCCGCAACGCUCACCUGCGAGUCCGGCAAUUGCCUCAUUCUCCCGAGAACCUCAUCGCCACCCUCAGCAGCUCUGAGAGAAGGACCAUCAACCUGACGUGGGCUCAGGCCUUUGACGGGAACAGUCCGCUCAUCCGCUACAUCCUGGAGGUGUCAGAGAACAAUGCUCCCUGGACCAUCCUUAUGGCGAACAUCGAUCCGGAAGCCGCCAGCGUGAUUGUCGCGGGUCUCAUCCCCGCACGUUCUUACCAGUUCCGUCUGUGUGCCGUCAAUGAUGUGGGGAAGGGCCAGUUUAGCAGGGAAACAGCACGAGUAUCAUUACCCGAGGAGCCCCCCAGCGCCCCUCCUCAGACGGUGAUAGCCAGUGGCCGAACCAACCAGUCUAUUAUGAUCCAAUGGCAGCCGCCCCCUGAGAGCCAUCAAAACGGGCCCCUACAAGGCUACAUAAUCAGGUACUGUUUGUCUGGAUUGCCAGUGGACUGUCAGAUGAAGAAUAUCACCAACCCGGACCAAACCAAUCUACUACUGGAGGACCUCAUCAUUUGGACCAACUAUGAGAUUGAGGUGGCGGCGUACAAUGGGGCAGGCCAGGGGGUCUACAGCCCUAAAGUCACAGAAUGGACCCUGCAGGGUGUGCCCACGGUCCCACCAGGGAAUGUUCAGGCAGAGGCUGUCAACUCCACAACAGUCCGUUUCACAUGGAGCGCCCCAAGUCCACAGUUCAUUAACGGCAUCAACCAGGGAUACAAGCUGUUGGCAUGGGAACCAGGCCACGAGGAAGAUGUUACCUUGGUUACGGUGAGACCCAAUUUUCAAGACAGCGUUCAUGUGGGUUACAUUACCGGGCUGAAAAAGUUCACAGAGUACUUCACCUGUGUGCUGUGCUUCACCACGCCGGGGGACGGACCUCGCAGUACCCCACUGCGCAUACGCACUCAUGAAGACACUCCAGGACCUGUAGGUCACCUGAGCUUCACAGAAAUCCUGGACACAUCUCUGAAAGUGAGCUGGAAAGACCCGCCUGAAAAGAACGGGAUUCUCACAGGAUAUCGCAUUUCCUGGGAGGAAUUCAACAGGACAAACACACGGGUCACGCACUACUUACCAAACUUGACGCAGGAGUACCGGGUCACAGGCCUUACCGCCCUUACAACCUACACCAUUCAGGUGGCCGGCAUGACCUCUAAAGGUCAAGGUCAGCUGUCGUCAUCUACCAUAUCAUCCGGUGUGCCACCAGAGAUGCCCGGACCUCCUACCAACAUCGCCAUUUCCAACAUCAGCCCACGCUCUGUUACCCUGCAGUUCAAACCGGGCUACGACGGCAAAACAUCCAUCUCACGCUGGCUGGUAGAGGCUCAGGUCGGUGUUAUUGGAGAAAAUGAGGAGUGGGUUACGGUCCAUCAGUUGGCCAAUGAGCCUGAUGCACGAUCACUUGAAGUUCAGGGACUGAACCCCUACACCUAUUACAGGUUCCGAAUGAGGCAGGUCAAUAUUGUAGGUACCAGUCCACCGAGCCAGCCAUCCAGAAAGAUCCAGACCCUUCAGGCGCCUCCCGAUAUCGCCCCGGCAAACAUCACUCUCCGUACGGCCAGUGAGACCAGCGUGUGGCUCAGAUGGGUGCCUUUGCCCGAGUGGGAAUACAAUGGCAAUCCAGAGCUGGUUGGAUACAGGGUUCAGUAUUCUCGACUGGGAUCAAAGAGUGGCGUCCUGUCCCACAUCAUUCCUGACAGGCUGGAGCGAGAGUUUACCAUCGAGGAUCUGGAGGAGUGGACGGAGUACGGGGUCAAAGUACAGGCGUUCAACGGCAUUGGUUCGGGACCCUGGAGUCAACCAGUUCAUGGCAGAACCAGAGAGUCCGUCCCAUCCAGUGGCCCUGCGAAUGUUUCUGCCUUUGCCACCACGUCCAGCAGCAUCCUGGUGCGAUGGGGUGAUGUUCAGGAGACAGACCGCAAUGGACUUAUUCUGGGCUAUAAGGUGGUCUACAAGGAAAAGGAUGCAGACGCUGCUCUGCGGUUCUGGACGGUGGAGGGAAAUGCCACUUACAGCGUUCAACUCACUGGUUUGGGAAAGUACGUCCUCUAUGAGAUCCAAGUUCUGGCCUUCACCCGCAUAGGAGACGGCAUGCCGAGUGCUCCGCCCAUCUUUGAGCGAACGCUUGAUGACGUACCUGGACCUCCAGUUGGGAUCCUUUUCCCUGAAGUGAGGACGUCUUCUGUGAGGCUGAUCUGGCAGCCCCCUGCCCAGCCCAAUGGCAUCAUCCUCGCGUAUCAGAUUGCUUACAGGAAAAACUCCUCUAGCAUUACCUCCGCCACCGUCGAUGUGCUCAACCCCAGCGCGCGACAGUACACAGCCACCGGACUGAAACAAGAGAGUGUUUAUGUGUUUCGACUCACGGCCCAGACUCGAAAAGGCUGGGGGGAGGCGGCCGAGGCUCUGGUGGUCACUACAGAGAAGAGAGCUCGCCCACAGCCGACGAGUCGUCCAGUUGUACCUCAGGAAGAAGUUCAGGCUCGCAGUGUGCUGUUGUCAUGGGAACCGGGUAGCGAUGGUCUGUCGCCCAUCAGAUAUUACACUAUCCAGUACAGAGAGCUGCCGCAAAGCAACUGGACCGUUCAUUCAGCGUCAGUCAGCCAUGAGGUCACCUCCUAUGCCGUCGACAAGCUCAACCCUUUCACUUCCUACCAGUUCAGAGUGAAGGCCACUAAUGAUAUUGGGGACAGCGUGUACAGUGUGGAGAGCGAGGCAAUAACCACUCUGCAGGACGCACCCGACAAAGCUCCCACAAUCCUCUCUGUGACGCCGCACACCACCACGUCUGUGCUGGUCCGCUGGAAGCCGCCCCCCGAGGAGGAGAUCAAUGGCAUUUUGCUUGGUUUUCGAGUUCGUUACAGAGAACUGCGCUAUGACCGCCUACGUAGUUUCAGCGUGCGUACCGUCAACAGCCCAUCUGCCAACUGGGCUGAGCUCACAGCUCCCUACAGUGUGAGGAACCUGACCGAAUCCUCACUUACCCAAUACGAGCUGGACAAUCUGAAUAAACACAAGCGUUACGAGAUCAGACUGAGCGUGUAUAACGCGGUGGGAGAGGGACCCGUCAGCACGCCGCAGGAAGUGUUUGUGGGAGAGGCCGUGCCCACCGCUCCGCCUCAGAAUGUGGCUAUUCAGUCCUCAACGGCGACCCAGCUUGAUGUCACGUGGGACCCUCCACCCGUGGAUGCCCAGAAUGGAGAUAUUCAAGGCUAUAAGAUAUAUUAUUGGGAGUUUCAGCUUCAGAACGAGACGGAGAGAGUGCGCACUCUGUUCCUGCCCGAGCUGAGCGUGAAAUUAAAAAACCUGACCGGCUACACCACCUACAUGAUCAGUGUGGCUGCCUUCAACGCAGCAGGCGACAGCCCGCGCUCACUGCCCACCAGAGGGCGUACUCAACAAGCAGCUCCCACUGCUCCCAGUUUCAUUCACUUCAGUGAGCUCACCACUACCUCUGUCAACAUGUCUUGGGGUGAGCCCAAGCAGCCCAAUGGCAUCUUGGAGGGAUACCGUGUGGUCUACGAACCCUGCACUCCAGUGGAUGGUGUCAGCAAGAUUGUCACAGUGGAUGUGAAAGGCAGCGCCCCCUUGUGGAUGAAAAUCAAGGAUCUGGCAGAUGGAGUGACCUACACCUUUCGCAUCCGCGCCAAAACCCUUACCUACGGUCCUGAGAUCGAAGCCAACAUCACCACCGGCCCCGGAGAAGGUGCUCCGGGGCCUCCAGGUGAGCCGUUCAUCUCUCGUUAUGGCUCGGCUCUCACCCUCCACUGGUCCAACGGCGACCCCGGACGAGCCCCCAUCACACGCUACGUCAUAGAGGCCAGACCAUCCGACGAAGGAUUGUGGGAUAUCCUCAUCAAAGACAUUCCUAAAGAAGUGACGUCAUACACUCUAAACCUGGAUAUGCUCCGAGAAGGAGUCACUUAUGACUUCCGUGUUAUUGCGGUGAAUGAUUACGGCUAUGGUUCACCGAGUGCUCCAUCUCCUUCAAUAUCAGCUCAAAAGGUCUCUCCCUUUUACGAGGAAUGGUGGUUUCUGGUGGUGAUCGCUCUCGUCGGCCUCAUCUUCAUCCUCCUGCUAGUGUUCAUCCUCAUCAUUCGUGGGCAAAGUAAAAAGUACACCAAAAAAACGGACUCAGGCGCCCACUCCAAUUGCACAUCUCUGCCCCUCUCCCAUGGCGAGAUGGUUCGGUUGGAUGAAGGACGUUUUCCGGCCCUGGAGCUCAACAACCGUCGACUUUCUGUCAAAAAUUCCUUCUGUCGCAAAAACGGAAUCUACACCCGAUCUCCUCCUCGGCCCAGUCCCGGCAGUCUGCACUACUCUGAUGAAGAUGUCAGUGUUAAAUACAACGAUCUGGUCCCUGCGGAGAGCAGCAGUCUGACCGAAAAGCCAUCUGAAGUGUCUGAUUCACAGGGCAGCGACAGCGAAUACGAGUUGGACCCGAACAGGCAGAAGACCCACUCUUUCGUCAACCACUACAUCAGUGAUCCCACCUACUAUAAUUCCUGGCGGCGACAACAAAAGGGUGUCUCUCGCCCUCCGGCGUACGGCUACUCCCAGCCCGACACUGUGGCGGAGCAGGAGUCGCGACCUCAACCUCCUCCGCUGCCCCCGCUACCGCCUCUGCUACCCCACAGCAAUCCCUCCCCGCAACCCCAGGGCCACGGCACCCUGUUCAGGCCCAAGGGAAGCCGGACUCCCACCCCAUCACUGCUGUCCUCUGAUAACCACAACCAGCACACCCUGUACAGGCCGCCUAGCAGCCUGGGAGCCUCCACCCAAGUCCCAUCCGCAGGAUUCUCAUCGUUUGUUUGAUACAAGACUCUCGUUUCAAUGACAGCACGCCAGUGUGGGACACCGUUGUUAAUAUUGGCCUGUUCUUCUGGUGCUGCAUCUUGUCGUACAUCCAGAGCUGCUUUUGGAAUUUUUAUUUGACCCUCUGUGUGGGUGUGCAGGUGUAUUGUGGGCGUGUUUGUAUGAGCAUUCAAACACAGACAAUCAUUUCAAGAGAAGGCGCUUAUAGCUUGUUCGUUUUAAGAUGACGUUAAUUUAUUCACCUCACCCGAUUACAUUUAAGAGAUUAUGCGAUAUGUCCAAAAUAUUUAAAAUCAAUGUUCAUGUAAUACAGUGGGGUCCUAAAGUCUGCAGCACCAUUUGAAAUCUGUGAUUUUUGUUACUUAAAGCUGCAAUUCAUAUGAUUGGGUUAAAUAUUGGAUAUUGGUUACCCCUAUAAGGUAGAAUAAUGAGAUGUUCCAAAUGUCAGUUUGACCUAAUAACGCUUUAAAUGUCCAGAGUGUGAAUUUUACCGCCAUCUAGUGUUGAGGUUGUAAAUAGCAGCCAAUGGCUCUAUCCACCGACAAAGAUGUUGUCUUCGCUAGAUAACAUCUACCAAACUCACUCUGUUGAGCAGUUUGUCCGUUUAGACCUACUGUAGAAACAACACAGUGAAUUCCAUCUCAGACGACGCGCGAUGUAUGUAGAUAAAAAUAUCUCAUUCUAAGAUAAUAAAAAGAUAACGCUUUAUUAUGUGAGAUCUUUAUACACCUCUGAACACAUAGUUGUGUAUAUUAUAUUGCAUUUCUGUCAAUAGAUCCUCCUUCAUCGCACACAUUGCACCAUUAACCUAACGUAAGUACGUAAAAGUAACUUGAAGUUUUAUGUUUCAGAUGGCGAUAGAGAGGCAACAGUUAUAAAUUGUAGCUUUAAAUUGACAUUUCUAGAGGAGUCCUCAAAUCUAAGCAAAGUUACGACAUUAAUAACCAAACAACUAUUUGAAACAUCUCAAAUCAUGCUGGAAUGACAUGAAUCAUCAGGUUAUGCACUCGAGAAGUAAAGCAUACGGGGAAAAUGUACUAAGAAAUGCUCAUUGGAGCAUUUCACUUAAAAAGAUGUGCUGACCUCCACUGACAAACUUUGCAUUAAAUGAGAUACAAUUAAGUCUUUUACAGAAGUUCUGAAGUUUUUUUUUCUCUGGUUUUAAGAACCUUGUAUACAUUGAAAAAAGUGAAUUGAGCAAGAAACAAAUUGCAUCAAGCAUUGUAUAUAAUGCUAUGAUUUUCAACAGCUAUCAUCAUUGUAAAUCUCAAAGGAUUAUUUUAAAUUCUGUUUGUGUGGUAUUGCGCUGAAGUGUUAUCAUUCAAUGAUUGAAGAAUUUGUCAAAUCAAAGCAUAAAAACUGUGAUUUUGUAGCAAUGUCAGGAUUUCAAACUGAUGGCUUUUUCUUGCUUGUUAGACAACCAAACUGAACACUGAGGAGGAUGAAAGGAAAAGGAAAAACUAUUUCUAUAGAAUUCGAUACAUGGCCUGUUUUUGCUUAUCAUUUGUGAGAAACCACACAUGUGAGCACAGGAGAGUUGGCCACUGUUUUUGUCAUGUCAUCAUGGUUAAAGAAGAAAGAGGGCAUGUUUGUUUGCUGUUGGAUGAGAUUCUGCCAGUGGUUAUUUCCAUUGAAACGUGAUACAUGUGAAUCAUCUAUGAUCAUACAGGUGAGGAGCGAACUGUUCACGAGAGAAUUGAAAUGGCUGUAAUAACAAUCAUAACUAUUACUAGUAGCCCAGUACUACUAGUAGUAACAAGUAGUCAUUUCAGCAGCUACCACUCUAAAUGUUUUAUGCACAUACAGUAAGAUGAUAUGAUGUGUAAGGCUAUGUAAAGAUUUCUGUGGGUCAUCAUCUUUCAAUGGUAGUCAUUGAAAGAUCAUAAUUAGCAAAUGAGCUGCAUGGACUCGCAGGUCAUGCUACACUGUGUCAAUGGAUUUGUACAGAUAAGUCACAAUCGUCAUUGAUUCAAUUACACAACUUCAUCACUUCGAGAUUGAUCAAAUGUCUGCUAUUUUAAAUGACAUUGUGAAUAUUCCUCUGAAUAUAUUGUAGAAUGUGUUUUCUUACAGUUCACAGUAUGACAUAGUGUUCACAUAAAGUAUGCUUACGUGUAUGUCAGCAGAUACGCUUCAUUUCUUUAUAUUCUAUUGGUUUUAUACUCUAACUUAAAAAGAGCAACAGCAGUCUUAUGUGGAAACUAUUUUAAAAGACUUCAAAAUAUGAUGAUCAUGAAUCACAAUAUCU